CCUAGUCCCAUUACUAGAUUCCAGCUUAACUUUCCCUAAUCAUCAUCGAUUCAUCUUAGCCUCCAUCCCUCAAUCGCCUACCCUGAUCUGCUGAACCAGGUUCCAGCAACCCUUUUCCCCUUAAGGCUCCAAACCCCCCGCCCCCAAAAAAGGGGGGAAAAGACAGAAAAAAGAGUCAAGAAAGAACAAAGGGAUGUCCAUAUCAGCCUUACGGAGCCUCCUGAAGGAGAGAAAAUAUGCCUCCCUACUGUUCCUAUUCGUCGUGUUAAUCUUCGUAACGUUUCUCCUUAUUUCUAACUCCCAAUCCUUUGUGUAUGAUUACGCGGGUAUAAGCAUAAGUGAACCUCAGUCUCCAUCCCAGAAUGGUAGUAAUACUUUCAUUGCUGCUAAUAUGGAAUCUUCAUUGCCCAGAUGGCGGCUGUGUGAGGGUCCAGGGAUGGUUGAUUACAUACCCUGUUUGGAUAAUUGGAAAGCCAUCAAGACCUUCAGGAAAUUGGAGCGUAAGGAGAGACACUGCCCCAAAGGACCGAGUCCCAGGUGUUUGCUUCCAUUGCCUCCAGGGUACAAGACUCCGGUUCCGUGGCCUAAAAGCAGGGACAUGAUAUGGUAUGACAAUGUACCUCAUCCUAAGCUUGUUGAAUACAAGAAGGAGCAGCAUUGGGUGGUCAAAUCUGGUGAAUAUCUUGUUUUCCCUGGGGGUGGUACGCAAUUCAAGGAAGGUGUGGCUCACUACGUCGAAGCUAUAGAAAAGAUCUUACCAGUAAUCCAGUGGGGAAAGCACACGAGGGUUGUUUUAGAUGUUGGCUGUGGUGUUGCUAGCUUUGGUGGUUAUUUGCUGGAUAAAGAUGUUAUCACCUUGUCAUUUGCUCCAAAGGAUGAACAUGAUGCUCAGAUCCAGUUUGCACUUGAAAGAGGAAUUCCUGCCACUCUUUCUGUAAUAGGAACAAAAAAGCUGACAUUUCCCAAUGACGCAUAUGAUGUGGUUCAUUGUGCAAGAUGCAGGGUUCGCUGGGAUGCUGAUGGUGGGAAACCUUUGAUCGAAAUUAACCGGAUUCUUAGGCCUGGAGGGUAUUUUAUAUGGUCAGCCACACCUGUUUACCUGAAAGAUGAAGAACAUCAGAAAAUCUGGCAAGCUAUGGUUGCUUUGACUGAAUCAAUUUGCUGGAAGAUAGUCAAAAAGACCUCCAUUGAUGGAUUAGGGAUUGGGCUAGUUAUCUAUCAAAAGCCUGUCACGUCUUCCUGCUAUGAAGCACGUAAAGAAGACAUUCCACGUCUGUGUGACCCAAAUAGACGGCCAAAUAUUUCUUGGUACGAGCCUCUAGAUGGCUGUCUUCCUCCAGUUCCAGCAGUAAGUGAAGAUGGCAUCUAUAACUGGCCUGCACCCUGGCCUGAAAGACUGAAUACCAAACCUUCAAGUUUAUCUAAAGAAUCAGACUCCCAAAAGAAUUUCAUGGAGGACUCAAAUCACUGGUCAGCACUUGUCUCAGACAUUUACCUUGAAGGCCUCACCGUGAAUUGGUCAAGCAUUAGAAAUGUCAUGGAUAUGAAUGCAGGAUACGGAGGGUUUGCUGCAGCACUCAUUGAUCUACCUCUGUGGGUCAUGAAUGUGGUUCCCAUCCAUGAGGCAGAUACCUUACCAGUUAUCUUUGACAGAGGGCUAAUCGGAACAUACCAUGAUUGGUGUGAAUCACUCAGCACCUAUCCUCGGACUUAUGAUCUGUUGCAUUUGAGUUUCCUCUUGAAAAGCCUAACUCAAAGGUGUAACAUAUUAGAUGUAGUUAUGGAGAUGGAUCGGAUACUGAGACCAGGAGGAACUCUUCUAGUUCAAGAUACCAUGGAAAUGAUUAACGAGCUAACUUCAGCUCUCAAUUCGCUUCACUGGUCUUCAUCUUUGUAUCAGGAUCAGUUCCUUGUUGGAAAGAAAGGAUUUUGGCGUCCACAUUCAGAUGCCACAGCAUGAAGAUUUCUAUUUGAUGACUUGUUUUCUCUCUGGCAAUCAUUCUUUUGGCUUUCCCCUCUUUUCCUUUUAAGAUAAAAGCAUGGCGAAUAUACUUGUAUUUUGUUUGUUUCAUAAAAGUCAAGCUCCGCAUGGGUGUAUUUUUCCUCAGAUAUGGGCAGCAGCAAAACUAUUAAAAUAUUAGAAUAUUAUUGUCUGAA